AUGGCGUGGCCGUCACAAAAUAUCGACCAGGAUAGUUUGGAAUUUCCUGCUGAGCAGGAAGGGAUUUCCGAUUCCAUUUUUCCGCAACUAGCGCUUGUUCGUCCGGGUGAUGCCUCCACGUGGACUUCUCCGUGGUUGUAUUCCCAGCCGAAUCAUUUGGCUAGGAACGAUACACCAUAUUAUGUUGUCAACAACAACAACCCUCAGGCUAUACCGACCGCAUUUCUCGGCCCCACGAACCAUAUCACGAGCGCCACCCCUCUCGAGGCUCAUGUUAUACAGAGGGCACACUGUCAGGAACUUCCUCAGUCAGGAGUCAUAGGCAAUGCCAACAACACUAACGGAAGACCCCCUGUUCAUCGUCAGGGAUGUGGACAAGACAAUCCAAACACCAUUCUUCGAUGUGAUUGGCCGGGAUGCAAAUACAAUCGCACGUUCUCGGCCAAGAGAUCACUGAACCGCCAUAUAAAGGAGCAGCAUGUUAACCGGCAUUCAUUCCCGUGCGAAAUAUGUGGCGUGUCCUUUGCACGAGAGGCAAACAAGAAGAAACAUUUGCUCAAGAUCCAUAAAGUGGCGGCUUGA